UUCGGCUGGUGCAGUGGCGUGUGUCGUACGUCGUCGACGGUGCAGCUACGGUCGACGCGAUGACGAACGAGACGACGACGACCAACGGCACGGCGACGUCGGAGGUGUACCCUCCGCCGGCGCGAGUGCGAGACAGAGCGUACGUGCGAAGCAUGGCCGAGUACGAAGAGAUGUACCAGAGGUCUCUGCGGGAUCCGGAAGGUUUCUGGAAAGCCAUAGCGCAGGACUUUUACUGGAAGCACCCGCCCAAGCCGGGCAAAUUCGUCGACUACAACAUCGAUGUGCGCAAGGGCCCCGUGCACAUCCGCUGGAUGGAAGGCGCCAAGACCAACAUCUCCUACAACUUGCUCGACCGAAAUGUGGAGCGAGGUCUGGGCGCCACCGUCGCCUACUACUGGGAAGGCAAUGACCCGGAGGACUGCAGCUCCGUCACCUACCAACAGCUGCUAGAUGGCGUCUGCCAGUUCGCCAAUGUGCUCAAGAGUCGAGGCCUCAAGAAAGAAGACACAGUUGCCCUGUACAUGCCCAUGAUCCCAGAGUUGGUCAUUGCCAUGCUGGCCUGUGCACGAAUUGGAGCUAUUCAUUCUGUUGUGUUUGCAGGUUUCUCAUCCGAAUCUCUGGCUGAAAGGCUCAAGGAUGCCAAGUGCAAAGUUGUCAUCACAGCCGACGGUGUCUGGCGCGGGCCAAAGCUCAUCAACCUCAAGGAGAUUGUGGACCAUGCUGUCGGCAAGGCCAAGGAACAAGGCCACGAAGUGAAGCAGACCAUUGUGGUGCGGCACCUGACGUCCCACGAAGUGCGCCGCAAGGACACGGGCAAGCGGCCCUUCUCUGGGCUGCAGGUGGCCUGGAAUGCGGAACAAGAUUCUUGGUGGCACGAGCUCAUGGCCAACCAGCCCACCACCUGCGCCCCCGAGUGGCUGGACGCAGAGGCUCCCCUGUUCCUGCUCUACACCAGUGGAUCAACGGGAAAGCCCAAAGGCAUCGUGCACACUGUGGCUGGCUACAUGCUGUUCACUGCCACUACCUUCAAGUACGUCUUUGACUACCACCCCGGCGAUGUUUACUUCUGCGCCGCUGACAUUGGCUGGAUUACCGGCCACUCAUACGUCUUGUAUGGAGUCCUUGCCAACGGUGCCACCAGCGUCAUGUUUGAGGGGGUGCCGUUCUUCCCGGAUGCAAGCCGCUACUGGGCCAUAGUGGAGAAGUACAAGGUCACUCAAUUCUACACAGCACCCACUGCCAUACGAGCCCUCAUGAAGUAUGGAGACUCCUUUGUUCGCAAACACGACAGGAAAUCUCUGCGCAUUCUGGGGACUGUUGGCGAGCCCAUCAACCCAGAGGCCUGGCUGUGGUACCACAAAGUGGUCGGGAAUGGGAACUGUGCUAUUGUGGACACCUUCUGGCAGACAGAGACGGGAGGUCACGUGAUAACGCCUUUACCAGGAGCCACCCCUACAAAGCCGGGUUCUGCGACAUUCCCGUUCUUUGGUGUGGAGCCUGCGAUUGUGGACGAGCAGGGCAAGGAGCAGGAAGGAGAGGCCGAAGGCUACCUGGUAUUCAAGAGGCCCUGGCCGUCUAUGAUGCGAACAGUCUACAAUAACCAUGUUCGCUUCGAGACCACAUAUUUCAAGAAGUUUCCUGGCUACUACUGCACUGGUGAUGGUGAGAUAGUGCCCCUGUUAGAACUUGUGUUGGCUGUGUGAUGAGCUUUAUAGAAAACUGUGGUCUGCAUGAAAGAGGUUGUUCCAACGUCUCAUC